UCUCUGAAGGACACUGAUGUAGGAGGGAGGAGCUGGGAGCUCUGGAUCAUCCAGCAGCGCGUGCACGAGAGCAAGAAUGACUCGGGAUAACACAUCAAUCCUAAUGCUUGAAUCCAUCCGCUCGGUUUGCGCUCCUUUUGUCUUUCUCCAACUCUGAACGCGCCCGGCUGAAGGUUCUGGUGUGGUGAAGAAUGCAGAGAGGAGGUGUUUUCUUACGAUGCAGUAAAACCAAAAAAUAGUCUACUGUACCAUAAUCACUGGAAAGAAAAGAGGAUUUUGAUUAGCAAAGAGAAGCAAAGUGACAAUGGGGCGGAAGAAGAUCCAGAUUACCCGCAUAAUGGACGAGAGAAACAGACAGGUGACGUUCACAAAGAGGAAGUUUGGUCUGAUGAAGAAGGCGUAUGAGCUCAGUGUUCUGUGUGACUGUGAAAUAGCCCUGAUUAUCUUUAACCGCUCCAAUAAGCUCUUCCAGUACGCCAGCACAGACAUGGACAAGGUCUUGCUCAAGUACACCGAAUACAACGAGCCUCACGAGAGCAGAACCAACUCAGACAUUGUAGAAGUGCUGAACAAGAAGGAACAAAGAGGUUGUGACAGCCCAGAUCCAGAAGCUUCAUAUGUCCUCACGCCUCAUGCGGAGGAGAAAUAUCAGAAGAUUAAUGAAGAGUUUGACAACAUGAUGAGAAAUCACAAAAUUCCGGCUGCUUUGGGUCAGCAGAGUUACUCGAUACCGCUGACUUUGCCCAUCACAAACCCCACCACCUUGUCCUACAGUACAGACAACUCUCUGGACACCCCAGUAUCCCUCAGCAGGGCGAACAUACUGUCUCUAUCCUCCAACACUCCCCAGAGCAACAACAGCAAUGCUGUCAUGGAUGGGAUGCAAGACGCCACUCUUACAAAUGGUGUGCACUCCAGUUAUGUGGCCAAUGGAUUUGUUGGCAGUUCAGAAGGAAACCAAAUGCGAAGAGUUGUUUCGGCAAAAUCUCAAGCAUCGUCAACAGGGGGCCAUAAACCUGAUCUCAGAGUGCUCAUUCCUCCUGUGUGCAAGCGCACUGUCUCUUCACUGCCGCAAGAGGAAGGAAAGAAACAUUUGCAAAUAGACAACUCUCAGUCCAGCCAAUCACUGACUACGCCUGUGGUAUCCGUGGCAACCCCCAGUCUGCAUCCUCAGGGCCUUGUAUACUCAGCCAUGACCUCAUCAUUCAGUACAGAUUUUGCCUUGAGCAGUACAGAGCCCAGUUCUUCACACAGCUUCAGUUCACCAGAUGCUUUCACAUCAGCCGCAGGGUCUUCAUGGAAACACAGUCAACAUGGUCAGCCAGGCUUCAGUGCUCAGAGAACCACACAACCUCAAGUUCAGGCCUCUGACUCUUCCAGCAACUCCAUCAGCAUCAAAUCAGAGCCCAUCUCCCCUCCAAGAGAGCAUGCUGGCCCCUCGCUGUACCACACCAUCCACCCCAGGCCUCGGCCCAACUCCAGACAAGAAGUGGGCCGCUCUCCUGCUGAGAGCUUCAGCUCUUCUGGUAGUUCAUAUGAGGGCAGUGACCGUGAGGACCAGCGGCUGGACUCUCACACAGUUGCCGCAUCAUCAGGACAAAGCAGUCGAUCAUCACCAGAGACCGAAAACCAGGAAGAUCCCUCAGUCAAACGCAUGCGCACAGAGAGCUGGGUAACUUAGGAUGGCUUUUUUAAAUAACAUUUUAGAUAUGCAGACUGCUGUUGUAGUGCAACAAACACAAAGUGCUGCUUUAGAAGUGUCUCUGAAAGGUAAAAAUACAAGGACAGUUAUUGUGAAUGGGUGUUUUCCGUUGUUUGUAUUGUUUUAGGAUUAACAAAGUUAUGAAGUGUCUGACUCUUUGUUUUUCUCCAUAGAGGGUUAGCUUUGCUGCAUUAUUUGCAGUAUAUUAUUUUUUGCAAGCCAAAUGUGUUAUUUUAUCUUUUGAAUGUUUAUCUGAAUCCUCGUUCAAAGCCAUAUAAAUAUUGAUAGGGAUUUACUAUUUGCUGUCAUUUAGUGCAAUUAAAAUUUUUAAAAGACAUUUCAUUUUGUUUCAUUUUUGUGCUAUAGAAAAAAAAAAAAAGAAAGAAAAAAAACCUGUUUGAAAUGGCAAACUUAAUCUUCUGUGGAGUGCUGACUUGUCUGUCGA